GGACAGAGGCAAACAAUAAAGAAAAGUUUUACUCGAGAAGAUCUUGGUAUUGCUGCAAGCUGUCAAAGUGCGUUCAUUCAUUUGAAAUUGGAAUAUUGCUCGCAAAGCAUCGAUUACAAACAAAUCUUUUCUGUGGGUUUCUCGGUGGGCUUGUAAAGUGUUGCUAGAACUGGACAGUUUUUGUGAUAGCAGGAAUUUUGUUGUUUGUUUUGUUGGGUCGUAAUUGAGUAAACGUGACGUAGGUGCACGUUGAAUCGUAUCGCGUCGUAUCGAAUAUUUUAUCGUGUGGCAACUUGAACGCGUGAAAUAGGUAAAAAAAAUAUCGUCAACAGUUUACCAUGGGAAAAUCGACGCAGAAUCCGAUCGAUCAGGAUGGUAGUAGCGAUCGCAUCACUGCCCGCGUUGGAUCUCGCACAAAGAAAGCUAAAAUCGUGUUCGAUCCGUCCGACCAUCAUGUGCCACGGAAACGAAAUCGGAGGAGUGAAAAUGAUUUUCCAGCUGUAACGACCCCAAAGUCCGAACCGAACCGAACAGCGACACCUUCGUCGUCCUCGUCAACUGAUGGAGGAAGCAACAACGUGUCCACAUCUCCUGGAGGGCAUCAAGGAGCGACACCGAGUGGAUCAUAUCGCUUUUGUAUGGUAUGCGGGAAAAACGGCCCUGGCCGGAUGCCGCGCAAAACGGCUAUUGCUCCAUGGACUUGUCCCGGAUGCUUGUGGGACAAGGAAGCGGAAAACCCGAACAAAUCCCACGACAAGCAUCAAGAACAAAGCUCUAUGCAGCCGACCAGCAGUGACCGAGGGUUCGAAGAGGAAGACACCAAACAACAGCAGGAUUUUGCCGGUUUUAGUGAAACAGAACUGAGUGGACAUGGAAACGAUGACGCACCAGAAAACGAAUGUUUGUCCGCAAAAAUUAAAGAGGAAGAACCAGACUCAGAGCGAGUGGACGACUAUCGGCGUUCAAGCGAAAGGAUCGUUUGUAAGCAGGAAAAAUCUGAUCGAACCAUUGCUAAGGAAGAAAAGGAAAUUCGUUUCUGGUCGUGCGACGAUGUUUGCCGUUAUUUUAGUCGACACUGUCAAGACUGGGGAGAUUUAUUUCAGGAACAGGAAAUCGAUGGCCCAUCGUUGCUUCUCAUGCAAAAAGGAGACGUACUUUCAAGAUUCGGUCUUAAAUUGGGGCCCGCUAUGGAACUGUAUCAGCGGAUAGUAGCCCUACAAAAUGGAGAUCGUGAAAUCGUUGAUGUUCGCUUGACUUGGAUAUGAAUAUAAAAAUAAAAGAUCAUUACAUUUUAUAUUUUAUUUUAACAAAUAA